UAAGCCCCCCUGUUGGCCUCCAGAACAUGAUCUCCCCACGCUAUGCUCUCAAGCCUCUUUGGUUUAGUGCACUACCUGCGCUCAUAGUUUCCAGGACCUGGAGCGGACUUUCAUAAAUUCCGUGAUUGCAUCUCUGUAAAAAUCCAAGUUUUGAGCCAUUCAGUUGAGAAUUUGCUUACAGUUUGAAAAUAGGAAAUUGCCUGAAUGCUAAAACUUGGAAGCAUCAUUAUGUAUAUGCUGACAGGUGCUAUUUGUAUUUAUUUGCCUGUUUCCAUUCUGGGAUUCGGGUUUCCUUUAGAAAAUACUCUGUUCCAUUUCAGAUUGCAACACUAUGCACAUCUGGGAGGAAAUGCUGUAGUCAACUCAUUGGGACUUGCUUGUGAAUAUAUAUGCAUGCGGUUUCACUGACAGGAAGAUUAAUGUAAUUAUACCAGGGCACUUCUUGCAGCAGGCAGCUGUUAAAAAGCAAGAUUGAGAAAAAGCCUUUGGUAUAAAGAGACACUGGAAAGGAAUGAUGGCGGCUUUGGAUACUAAAGCAAAAGCAAAAAAAACUCUGGGAACUGUUGAUUAUGUGGAGUCAUCAGAAUUUGCACAAGGAAUUCUGCCUACCAAGAAGGAUGUCAUUCAAAACAUGCUAUAUCUAUUGCACCCGAAAAGGGCUGGGCAAGCCCAGCGAUCCAAAGAAGAUGCUGCCCAGUUGCUUGCUGAACUCCUGCAGGAGCACUGGUUGUUUUGCAAUUUGUAUACCAUAGCAACACAAAGCAUAAAGAAGCAUAUUCUUAAGGUGUAUGAGGAAUUUUCAAAAUUAUAUCAGUCCAGAAAGCGAAGAAAAAAUGAGUUGUUUACACAGAAAGCAGAUGAUUUCAACAGGAGUUCAGAGCAGCUUUUUGACAUAUUUUGUACAGACACAGGAACAAGAGAGAAAUUGGAGCAAUACAGUGGUGUGAAAAUGACUGACAUUGAGUGGAAAUUUCUUGAAGAUCAGAGGAGUGAAAGAAAAAUGUACUUUGAGGACUUCGUGGACAAGAAACAAAUGGAAACAAUAGAAAGACGAAGAAAAGUAGAAUCACUGGAGCACUUCAGGAAGAUUGCAGAAGAAGAGGGAGAUGCAUGUAAGCGUAAAGGAAUGACUUCCAAUAGAGACGAGCAGCCAGUUGAAGAUGUCAGCAGUAGGAAGAAAGAUGACCCCUGCCUUGGACGCAGCAAAGGAAUUGGGAACUUUUCACAUAAGGCAAAAAGAAAGCGCCUAUCUUCUGGCUGGAUUACUGGGACAGCAUCUUCAACUAGCUAUAGCGAGUCAGUUGCACCUGAAUGUCAACAUAUACGUAUGAGCAUCAGAAAAGUCAGACCAGGGUUCUAUGAGACUUUUGACAAAUAUGAAAACUGCUAGCCCAACAUUCAAAAUCUUUAGAGGAAGUUGUUUCUGUUGAAGUUUUGGGAGGUCUUAAUACCCUGACUAAUUGGAAGUUGAUGUAGAUAAUUUUGUUGGGCUCCAUUAAUGUACAGCAACACCACCAAAGUAAUGGCACCAGUAGAAAUGGGCUUUUAGCUUACUGAGAAAGUAAGAUUUGUUUAGGCCUGUACUGAUACCUUCACAAGGUACUAAAAAGCUAUAGUGUAGCAAAGGAAGACAGAAAAAACCAACAUUUGGAUGUUAAAGCAAACCAAAUGCACAAUAGUAGGUUAUGUUAUAUAAUAACAAUUUAACCACUGGAACAGACUUCUUAGGAAGGUGGUGCAUUCUCCAGUUUAUACAGUCUUCAUGUUGGGCUGGAUACUCCUAAAAAAACAUUUUGCUGAAAUGUUGUAUAGUGGCCUGAAAUAGAAAUGUGAGGAGAAAAUGCAGACUCUCCUGCAAGAGAGUCAUAUUAUAACCUGUUGCCCAUUCCAACCUCAGUGUCUCCCAAGACUGGAAGACCGUGUACAAUUAAAAUAAAAAAUGGUAACUAAUGAGAUGGCAGCUAAAAGGAGAACAUGGUCGUGGGGCUGUAUGUCACAAUGCAGGAUCUUUUUGAGACUCGCAAUAAACUGCUGACUUCCUGCCUGUUAAAACGAGUAAGCACACCUGAAGGGAAAACAGUAAUUGGCUCAAUUAUCUAAAAAGUGCAGUAGUUUCCUGUAAUGCCCCCCAAUACCUUGAAUAAUACUUGUAUGGUCUUAAGAGAUUGACCAUAUACAAUUUGCCAUUACUUCAUUGAGAGUUGAAGGGGUUCUGCGCCUUUCAGGACUAGGUGUUUGCAGGCAAAAGAAAAUAAAUUUCCUCUGAUCUUGCAUAUAUUUAGUUCCUAAAAUACCUAUACAGUUCUGAAAAGCAGCUUUUGAUAGAUAGCAUUGGCUCAUGUGAGAAGAAAAAAAAAGGGUCAGGAAAUUUUUAAAAUGGCUUUUGGUAUAAAUGUGGUGGCAACAACUAUUUGUAUAUUUUCUGCAUUCUUAGCAAUUAAAUAUCAGUGGUGAGAAAUAUAUGUGGAAACGUAGAAUUUGUAAUUGAAAAUAUUUGAGACAUAAACAUGUAUAAUGCACUGAACAUAGCAUGGGGUUGGAACUGCCUUUUAAAGGUGUUUAAUUCUUUUUAUUGAGUAAGGAUUGCAAAUGAAUGCACUGCAAUGUUUGCUACAGUAGAAGGACAUACUGUAGCUGCACUGCAGUUAUAAUGUCCACUGAAACAGAAGCAAGUCUUGAGAAAUUUGUAGCUCUGCCUGCAGUGAGCGUUGGUAGUACAGAUUGCAGCCCUUUCAAAGCUAGGCAAAACUUGUUUCCAUACCUCGCUGGUUUUUUUCAGCAUACAGAUGGCUAGUUUUCAAUCUCAUAUCCAGACAUAUUGUAUGCAUUAUGGUCUGUGUAUGUACUGUUACAUUACAUGACCUCUGGAUCACAUGGUGUAUACACUUAUCUCUGGAAAGUCACAAACACCCGGCAACACACACACACACAUACCCAUGUUUCCCAUCAUGUUGGGAAGAGUGUAUUACUCAGUACACUGCCCCAUUGACUAUAUAGUAGUUAAAUCCUAGAAAUCAUGUAGUAUCGGAAAUGGUUUACAGAUAUAUGUACAUCACUUGAUCUAUCACCACCUGAUGAUUCCUGGCUGAAGAUGUGAACUUUGCACUAAAAUGCUGUGUGUUGGAAUUAAUGUUGGGCGAUAUAACUGGCCUGCUAAAGUUAGCAUAAUAUUCUUCUAAAUUUUGCUCACAUAACUUCCAUAAAUAAAAGUACUUCAAAAUAUUAAAUGGUUACUUUUAGGCAAAGGGCACCUGUUGAGCCCGAAAUCCUAAUAACAAAUUGCCAUUGUUUAUUUUGUUACCCUUUGCCAGAAAUAGUUUUAUUCCAACUGUUGCCUUUUUCAUAUGGACCAAAAAUGUAACUUUAUGCAGCAUUAUAUCAAGCUAAGGAACAAUGAUUUAUUACUGCAUCUGCCCUUGCUUAUACGGUACAUUUGAUUUCCCAUAUGAGAAGUAGCCCCGCUCUAAAACCAUGUCAAAAAGGCUGACUGGAGGGAUGUCAGUAAUAAAAGCAAUUUUACUGGAUCUUUGAAGCAAUAAAAGCACCCUCUUUUUGGGGGGGG